AUUUGUGCUUGCCACCUGUACUCCUUACACAGAGUAUUAGCAAAAGAAACAAAGCCAACCCUGGGCUACGUUUGUCGGAUCUUCCCUUAAUAGAUGCCACGUGGAGGAACUCUGCUGGGGUUUUCCUUGCUUCCGUGGGGUUGGUUACGUUUGGCUAGCAGGUCUCAAAAAUACAAAAGCUGUGACAGGGGCUCCUGGCCUGCCCAGGAAAACUGAAGUCUGGCCAGGUGGGAGCUGUGAUCCCCGUGGGGUAUUUCUCCUCGCAGGAAAUGCGUGUUAGCAUGAGGGCAGCUCGUGUUGGGACGGGGACUUUGCAGCUCGGAUCUUUCCCCUGGGCCUGGAUGAGGCGGGGUCUGUAGGUGGAACACGAGCACGUCUGCAGCCAAGGCUUGGGGUGCGCCAGCCUGCAGGAUAAACAGUUGGCUUCAGCCCACGGAGCUCUGGCAGCACAAAGUUCAUGCUGAAAUGUAGAAAUAACCGAUGACAAGGGCAGCCUGCCACGGUUCUCUAUUCAUUUCAUCUCGUAAUGAGACUUAACCCAGCCCUGCUACUAGGGACUGCCAGCAGGGAGGCCCCACACAAAGCCCUCAAUUAUGCUCCACCUGCGUGCCUCCGGCUGGCUCGCCAGGUAAGCAGGAAGAGCGGUUUUUGUACCACUGACAGGAUCCCUCUGCAGCCUCGGCUUUCACCCCUCCUUCCUCCUGUCCCUGCAGCUCUAAGGUUUCAUCCUCCUUGCAGGUCUGAGGCGGGAGCACCUGGCUGGGCGCUGCUUUGGCCGCAGGGACCACGUUCACGUUUGCAGCUGCGUGCCUAGGUGUCUCGGGCACGGACGGAGCUCAGGACCAUGCACAGUCUGCGUGUGGUCCAGAGGCAGAGUUGCAGGAGCGAGGUCCUCAUCUGAAGCGAGGAUGGAGGGCGGGAACAGCACCAGCAGCGCGGUCCCUGCGGACAGGAGGCUCGCAGCCCAAUUCCCAAGUCCGUCCAGGGCGUUUUGGAUCAUCUUGUCCGUUGCCUUGUUUUUUGCAGUCGUUGGCAUCAGCACUGGGGGGAUUCUCGGCUUCUCCCCCAGCUCUGCCCAGGCCGGCUCGCAGGCGGUGCGGCUGACGCUGCAGGGGGAGCGGGACUCGCCGAGGAACCAGACGGCCCUGGUGGACGCGUCCAGGAGCACCGUGACUUACUACGUCACCUCGCGGAGUAACCGCAGCGCCGUCGUGCUGUACGACAGCCAGAACGGCUACGUGUGCUACCGGCCCGCAGAGCAGCGCGCCUGCUACCUGCGCAGGAUGGACCCCGGGGACCGUGAGAGCACGCGGGCGACGCUCAGCACGUGGGAGCUGAGAGGCGAGCCGCUGCUGCAGCGGAAUAACCAGACCAAGUACUACCGGGAGUUCCUGGGCGUUCUGGCGGCCGAACAGGUGGACCCCAGCGGCCUGGGGGAGGCCGUCCAAGCCCUGUGCGAGCAGACGCCCGUCUUCUGGGUCAGGAGAGCGGAGGGUCCGGGGAAGCAGCGGCUGAUCUACCUUUGCAUUGACAUAUGUUUUCCCAGCAACAUCUGCGUGUCUAUCUGCUUCUAUUACCUCCCCGAGUAAGUCCUGCAGCUGCGGAUGCCCUCUCACUGCCCUACAUA